CCCAAAACACCAUCGAUAUAAGUAUUGUGUCGCUCGCCUCCAUGUCAGCCAUCCUCGCCCAGCUCCACAUUCUUCCAAUCGUCGCUCGCCAGCCAUUCCCAUCUCAGCCAUUCCCAUCUCGGCCUUGAGUCUUAUAGCCGUCUCCGCGUCUGUUCUUGGUCUUCAUCCAUCCAUCCAUCCAUCCACCCCGAGUCUUCCACUCUACCUCAACCCCAAUCCUCUUCACCCCACAACCUCCGCAAUGCCUGCCCCCAGCGCCCCAGAUUGGUGCACCAAGGUCGGCCCCGAGUGCCCCGUCGAGGGAACCAUCUACGGCUAUUACCCCAGCCUCGGCGGCAAUGCCUUUUUUGCUGCCUUCUUCGGCCUCGCCCUCCUCGUUCAGCUCUUCCAAGGUAUCAAAUGGAAGACAUGGACCUUCAUGAUCGGCCUCGGCUUUGGCACCUUUGCUGAAUGCGUCGGCUACAUCGGCCGCAUCAUCAUGAACAACAACCCCUACUCCCAAGCCGGCUUCAACAUGCAAAUCGUCUGCCUUAUCAUCGCCCCUGCCUUCAUCACCGCCGGCAUUUACCUCACCCUCAAGCAUCUCGUCCUCUCCUUUGGCGAAGAGCACUCCUGGAUCAAGGGCGUCUGGUACACCCGCAUCUUCAUCGCCUGCGACAUCCUCUCCCUCGUUCUCCAGGGCGCUGGCGGCGGAACUGCGGCCACCGCCAACCCGGGCUCCAGCAUGCUCAACACCGGCUCCAACCUCAUGCUCGCCGGUAUCGUCUUCCAGGUUGUCGUGCUGGUGGUCUACGGCACCUGCCUCACCGAAUACCUCCUCCGCGUCUACCGCAAUCGAGCCUCGCUCGCUCCGUCUGCUAUUGAGCUCGCCCACAAGCAGCCCUUCCGUCUGUUCAUGGGCGCCGUCUUCGUCGCCUACAUCAUGAUCCUCACCCGAUGCAUCUACCGUAUCCCCGAGAUGAGCGGUGGAUGGCGCAACCCCAUCAUGCAGAACCAGGCCGAGUUCAUCGUUCUUGACGGUGUCAUGAUUGUCAUUGCAACACUCGCUCUCACCAUCUUCCACCCUGGAUACUGCUUCCCGGCCCUCGCAUCAACCUUUGGUAAGAAGAACAAUAAGCUGAACGAGGAGAAGCGCAGCGGUGAAAGCUCUGAUGGUGUCAUGGUAUAAGUAACUCCCCCAAUUGGGAGAACAGUUUCCUGGUUUUGGUGAUGGGAGAAAACAUAGAAUGGGAUACAGCGGUCAUGAUACCAUCUCCUUUGUCUGAGCAUUUCCUACGCCGCUGAUUUGGCGUUUUGGGUCUUCUAUAUCUUGGAUAUUUCACAGUGAGCGCAAUAGGCUUAGAUCUCGCGUCAAUUUCUACGACUUUAUAAUAUAGAAUGUAUAUACCUAUCUUAUACUUAUAUACCUUUCUUACACCUA